AUGACUUUGGAUGUUUACAAUUUCGUUGUUGACAUGGAAACGGAUUUCCUGUUCUGGAACAAGUACUGCGCCCAGUGCAACGGGUACACUCAGCUGCGGCCCAUAGCACAGCUCCUAAUAUAUUGCCAAGAUUACCAGAUAAUGCAUAAGGCGAUGGAUUAUGAAGAGAUGGUAAAUAUCUCACUCCGAGAACCAUCCUGUGUGUUACAUCAUAAUUUAGGAGACACGGAUUCCUCCGGCUGUUUUCCACAUGAGCUUGUGAUAGACAGAUGUAAUGUGACGCCGUCAAUAAGGCCGUAUGACGAGGAUGUAGAGAGGGCCUGUCUGGAGUUCAACAACACGGUAGACCAGGUGUACGUUAGUAAAGGAGGGGAACUUUACAAGAAUAUCUUCUGCUUCAUAUGUAAUGUGAACGAUACAGUUUUUGGGAAAAGAGAUCCAACUUACCCCAUAUCCCUGGUUCUUUCCACCAAACCUCCGUUUUCCCAGCUUAUCCGCUUCUCUAGUCCACCCACACACGACGACACUAUCAGGAGAAUGUUGAACCUCUCCCAAUGGUCUACGGCUGAUGGCACCACCAAACCGCUCCACUGUACACCUGGAAAACACCUGAUUUCUGGCAACUGUAGAACGUUCAACACUGAGGUCACAGGGCUGGGCUACAGACUAAGAAUCUGGUUCAUGCUAACACCAGCAGACGUCAACCUGACGUUGGAUUCACUGGUCUCCAUUAGCCAAAGCUUCGAAUCCAAGAUUCGAGACACAUGUAAACGUGAGGCAAUAAAUUAUUCAAUGGAAUGGGAUAAGUUUAUUUUAUCGGAAGGUAAUAUAACUAAUCCGUAUAGACUUCAAUCCCCUAUUGUGAUCCUAGCUGAUAUUGUCAUAGUUGCAUCCAAAAAAAAACCAAGAGAUGAGAUUGAAGAAUGUUUGGUGAAAACCUUAUUGAAAACACCUUUAACUGUUGCAAGAGACAAAGACGUCACUUGUGUCCCCUAUGUAUGGUUGGGUGACUUUGAGAACAUCUCUUUAUUUGAAUGGUGCAGUGGAAAGUUUGAUGAUUGCUUUAAAUACACAUGGCGUGAGAAAAACUCUGAUUCCGAUAUGUCUGUUCCUAAGGAACCACUGGUAAAGGUGACAAAUACUUUAGUAUGUACUUUUGUAAGUUUCAACAAAACCCAAUACAAAGUAGAUGAAAUCAAAACCUAUGUCCCACCAACCGUGACAAUCACAGUUAAUCUUGGAAACACCAAGUUGAUCUUCUCAAAGGUGUCAGAGAUCAACAUGUUGGAGAUUGUCGGCGAUGGUGUGUUGAAUGUUUGUCGUGAGGCGCUGGACGAGAAACUCGCCUCUCUGGCGAAAACUCCAAAUGAACUGAACUAUUACGCCAAUAUACUGACUCUCACUUGCAUGUCCGCGUCAAUGCUGUGUCUCCUGGUGUCUUUAGUAACGUACAUCCGGUUUUCAGAGCUGAGAAACAGUGCAGGCAAAAACAACAUGUUCCUGUGUACAAGUCUUUUACUGGCUCAGGCAUCUUUGUUGGCCAGUUCGUAUCUCUCAGGCUACAAAUACAUCUGCAUCGCUUUGGGAAUGUCCACACACUUUCUCUGGCUGUGGAAUUUCGCCUGGACCUUCAUGUGCAACUUUCGUAUGCUUCAGGUGUUUACAGCGCAGGUUCGGAUACCACAAACACCGGAAGAUGAAAGACGUGUACUGGUGAAAAAUAUUGUCUUAACACUGAUCCUGCCUACAGUUUCUGUUGCUUCUGUUGCGGUUUCGUCUCAGCUACUAACCCAAGGCCAGAAAAUUGGAUACGGCGAAUUGACAUGUCUAAUUGAUUCAAGUUUACUACUAGGUGUGUUUUUGAUCUCUCCUCUAAGUCUCAUCACUGUGUGUAAUGUGGCUUUUUUCAUCGCCACCGUCGUCAAGAUCUACACCAUCAGCAGAUCUGUCACACAACAGGACAACUUCAGCACCAGAGAUAGACAACUCUCUGUGGUCUACGUGAAGCUGUCGUUGAUGACCGGAGCUUUCUGGCUGUUUGCCAUUGCUGUUGGUGUGGAGGCUGUUGGUGUGGAGGCUGUUGGUGUGAAGGCUGUUGGUGUGGAGGCUGUUGGUGUGGAGGCUGUUGGUGUGGAGGCUGUUGGUGUGGAGGCUGUUGGUGUGUAG